AUGACAGGUUACUUUUGGCACGUGACGGAUUUCCACUUCGACCCGCACUUCGCACAGCACGGCGACGUCAGAAAAGGUUGUUGGAAACCAAAUGGAUCUCGAGAACCGCAUAGUAGGAGUGUAGGAAAAUACGGAGAUUACUCUUGCGACGCCCCUUGGGAUUUGAUAGAAUCGGCAACCAGAGCGAUGGCGUCCAGGCAGGGUGACAACGUCGAAUUUGUAUUGUGGACGGGGGAUAGUUUAUCACUUAAAAGGCAAAUACCGGAAACGAAACAGCUACAUCUUCUACAUAACCUCACCGAUUUGAUGUUACAAACGUUUAACUCUCAAUUUGUAUUUCCUGCUUUGGGUCAUGAUGAUCCAUCAUCUCGCGAAGAAUUAGGGAAAAUGUGGAGUAGAUGGUUGCCUCCGGAUACCAUAGAAACGUUAGAAACAGGGGGUUACUACAUGAUCGAAAAAACCGAUUUCAAGAGACACAUAAUUGUUCUUAACACGAAUUUGAUGGUAAAAGAUGAGGAUGAUGUUGAAGCUAUAAAACAAUGGGAUUGGUUGAAAGAUAAGUUGCAGAAAGUUUAUGAAAGGAAAGAAACGGUUUACAUCGUAGGUCAUAUGCCCCCGGGGUUAGAUGAACGUCAAAGGGGUGCCUCUCAUCACGAACAUCUCGCAUUCACCGAUCACAACAAUCGGAAAUAUUUAAAAUUAAUUCGAAAGUAUUCGAGUAUAAUACAAGCACAGUUCUUCGGACACCUUCAUUCGGAUUCGUUUAGAGUUAUUUACAAUGAAAAAGGUCAUCCUGUUUCUUGGAUUAUGUUAUCGCCCGCUGUUACACCUCGGAGAACCACCGACGGAGCUAAUAAUCCUGGGUUGAGGUUAUAUAAGUUUAAGAAAGACACCGGACAGAUUUUGGAUUACACUCAAUACUAUUUGGACCUUUCUCAAGCUAACGAAGAUCAAAAAAUCGAACCCGAGUGGUUAAUCGAAUACAAUUUUUCUUCGUAUUAUGGAAUUUCGAACAUCACACCACUUAGUUUGCACACUUUAGCGGAACGAUUGACUUCGCAAUCAGGAAUUUACGACUCAACCUUUAAAAAUUAUUAUCGAGCGAAUUCAGUGAAGAUGCACAAAGAUCAUCAUAAUUGUGACGCAAAUUGCGCCCACAUUCAUUUUUGUACGAUAACAAGGGUGGAUUAUGAAGAACACGAAAAUUGCAUGAAAUUAGCUCCCAGUGCUUUAGCUUCAGCAUCAGGAUCUCAACAAAACGCACCGAAAAUGUUGUUAAUAGAUUUAUUUACGUUUUUUGUAGGUUUAAUAAUUUUUGUGUGAUUUAUGAAUGUUUUAAUUCGAUAAUUUUGAGGUAAAAAUAGCUCGAAAUUGAUUUCCUUUUAAUUUAAAUAUUCGAGCAUGCUCAGUAUGUAAAAAUAUUUUUGUAUAUCAUUCGAUGAACCCUGUGUAAAUAAAGAUACGAUUGUGAUUUUACUUUAAAAGAAAAAAAAGACUUAAAAAUAAUAAGGAAGCAAAGAAAAAUGUAUGUUGUGUAAAAAAAUUAUGAAAUAAAAAUAAAAAACCGAUUAUCUAGCUUUACAUGUGGAUCGAUAUUUAACAAGACGUAUUUACUGUAAAUAUUUAAAAGGAAUAAAAAACAAUUUAUGGUGCACUUUGUAAAUGUAAAGAAGUAAAAAAAUAUUAAAACUUAGGUAAUAAAGUUUUUUAAAAAGAUGCACACCAAAAGAAGAUUUUAAUUUUUAAGAGAUCUAAAAGAGUACUCCUGCCACAGCAAAAGACGGAAUUCACAAAAAAUGAAUGAAAUGGGAGAUAAUACAACAUAAAAAAAUAUAUCCAAAGAAUUAAAAAAAAAAUGUAAGAAAAAAACAUUGUCUUGUGUGAUAUAUAAAAAAAAUUAGGUAUAAACGACUUUAUUGAUAAUAUCUGUAUUUUUAUAUCGUUGGAGUGAACCUUGUACCAUUAAAAAAAAAUUAAGACGAAAACUUGGACAAAAACUUUUCGAAAAAACUUCGAUUAUAGUGUACGUAUACCAAAAAAGUGGUCGACCAAAAAGAUUCUUUCCCUACUUAAAAAAAAUCGUGAAAAAAAGAAGCAGUAAGUUAAGCGAUGUAUUAAAAAAAAUAUAACCGAUUACUGUUGUGAAUUUUUUAAAAAAACAUAUAAAUAAAUGUGUUUUUGUGCGUUUUUAUUAAUUAUUAUACGAAGACGUGUUAUUGCGACCGAUUGUGUUUAUAAAAUGAAACUUUUUUGAAAAUAAAUGAGAAUAAAUAACGUUGCUACAUUA